UGGAUCACGCUGAUACUCAUUUAAGAAUUUUCGUGCUUCGAGACACAGAAGAACUUCCACGGUUUGAAGAUGAAGAUCGUUCUGGUAGUCUUCUCUUGCGUAGUCGGCAUUAUUGCCAGUCCAAAUUGUCCCAGUGAUCAGCCGUUGGUGAACGCGCCAAUUGGACCGAUCCGUGGUUCAAUUAUACCAUCGAGACAAGGACGAAAAAUUUACUCCUUCCGCGGUGUCAGAUACGGCGAAUCGCCCACUGGACAUCAACGUUUUCAACCCCCGAUUCCAGCGGAAGAUUGGCGAGAUGUUUUCGACGCCACCGAGGAAGGGCCUAGCUGUCCUUACCCGCGCGCUAAAUUGAUUUCCGAAGAUUGUCUACGUUUAAACGUCUACACCUCAAAAUUACCAUGCGAGAACGAGAAUGUGUCGAGGCCAGUGAUGGUGUUCCUGCACCCAGGUGGCUUCUACAGCUACUCGGGGCAAAGUUCGUUGUGGGGACCACAAUACAUUAUAGACAAGGACAUCGUUUUGGUCACGGUCAACUAUCGUUUGGGUGCAUUAGGUUUUCUGAGCACGGGUGACCAUUUGGCGCCAGGAAACAACGGUCUGAAAGAUCAAGUGGUCGCCCUCCGUUGGGUUCAAAGAAAUAUCGCGGCAUUCGGUGGUAAUCCAAACGCCGUAACCUUGUGCGGUUACAGUGCCGGAAGUUUCAGCAUAAUGUUACACAUGAUGUCCCCGAUGUCCAAGGAUCUGUUUCACAGAGCGAUCACGAUGAGUGCCACACCGAUCUCGGCGGACCUCUACGGUGCUAUCUCCUCCACUGGCCAAAAAGACCUCGCCAAGAAACAAGCCGAGGCUUUGGACUGUCCCACCGACACGACUGGCUCGAUGUUGCUCUGUCUGAAUACAAAACCCGUCGAGAAUUUCACCGACACGUUAAGCUCGUUAUUCGAAUGGCACGGAAAUCCGAUUCUACUCUUCAAACCGACGGUAGAACGUGAAGUUCGUGGUGUCGAGAGAUUUUUGACCGCCCAACCGUACGACCUGAUUAAGCAGGGAAAAUUCCAUCAGGUUCCAUUAAUACUAGGCGUCACGAAGGAUGAAUUUGGUGGAGUGGCUGCUGCUUAUGAAAAGGACUUCAGAAAUAAUGGUACCUUGUACCAGGAGCUCAACGACAACUGGAACCACCUGGCUCCUAUCAUAUUACAAUACGAACGUGGCACGCCACGAACUGACUAUGUCAGCAGGGAAUUGCGACGAUUCUACUUCAACGACCAGCCAAUCAAUUCGGCCACCAAUAAGGAACUUUCGGAAAUAUACGCCGACGGUAUAAUCAUAUUUCCUAUGUAUCGAACGGCCAAAUUGUUCGCGACGUAUUCCAAAAAGCCAGUGUACUUCUACAAAUUCACGUUCCAGUCGCGUUACAGUUUCUCGAUGUGGAACGACACUACGCCAUUCGGUGUAGUGCAUCACGACGACCUGCAGUUCCUGUUCUUCAUGAAACAGAUUUUCCAGUACUUCGAAAGCGACGCACCGGAAAUCCCUAUGGUAGAAAAAUACACUACCAUGUGGACGAACUUCGUGCAAACUGGAGAACCAAUUCCAAAGAACGACGAGAAGUUCAAAGGUGUCACAUGGACCACGUUGGUGCCCUCACGAAACAAUUACUUGGAAAUCAACUUAAACCCAACCAUGAAGACGGACUUUUACCCCGAAAGAAUGCGAACGUGGGAGAGAUUGUUCCCUUUACCUACUAAAUCACAUAAUGUAAAACAUUGAAAACAGAAUCUCGUUAAUAGGGACGUAAAAAUUUCCGUUAUUUGUCGUAGUGAACGCAACUGUAACUUUAUAUCAAAGAGUAUUGAAGACAACAUAGCAAACAAC